UUCACGGAGGCAGAGUGGGCCCUGCUGGAUCCGGGACAAAGAGCUCUGUACAGGGAAGUCAUGCUGGAGAACUAUGGGAACGUGGCCAGAGAGGAGAAACCCUCUGAAUACUCAGGGACCAGAUGUAAAUUCAGACUCAGUAGUAAUAUUCAACAGCAUCAGAAAGCCCACACAGGGGAGAAACCUUUUGAAUGCUCAGAGUGUGGAAAGAGAUUCGGUCGGAGUGGCCAUCUUCAAAAGCAUCAGAGAACCCACACAGGAGAGAAGCCUUUUGCAUGCUCAGAGUGUGGGAAGAGAUUCAGUCAGAGUAGAAGUCUUCAAGAGCAUCAGAGAACCCACACAGGGGAGAAGCCUUUUGAAUGCUCAGAGUGUGGAAAGAGAUUCAGUCAGAGUGGCAAUCUUCAAUAUCAUCAGAGAACCCACACAGGGGAGAAGCCUUUUGAAUGCUCAGAGUGUGGGAAGAGAUUCAGUUGGAGUGGCCGUCUUCAAGAGCAUCAGAGAACCCACACAGGGGAGAAGCCUUUUGAAUGCUCAGAGUGUGGGAAGAGAUUCAGUUGGAGUCGCAGUCUUCAAAUGCAUCAGAGGACCCACACAGGGGAGAAGCCUUUUGAAUGCUCAGAGUGUGGAAAGAGAUUCAGUCAGAAUUGCAAUCUUCAGCAUCAUCAGAGGACCCACACGGGGGAGAAGCCGUUUGAGUGCUCAGAGUGUGGAAAGAGAUUCAGUCAGAAUUCCAAUCUUGAGCAGCAUCAGAGGACCCACACAGGGGAGAAGCCAUUUGAAUGCUCAGCGUGUGGAAAGAGAUUCAGUCAGAGUGGGAGUCUUCAAUAUCAUCAGAGAACCCACACAGGGGAGAAGCCUUUUGAAUGCUCAGAGUGUGGCAUGAGAUUUAGUACGAGUUUCAGUCUUCAAUAUCAUCAGAGAACCCACACAGGGAAGAAACCUUUUGCAUGUUCAGAGUGUGGAAAGACAUUCAUUCAUAGUGGCCAUCUUCAAAUGCAUCAGAGGACCCACACAGGGGAGAAGCCUUUUGAAUGCUCAGAGUGUGGGAAGAGAUUCAGUCGGAGUGGCAGUCUUCAAAGGCAUCAGAGAACCCACACAGGAGAGAAGCCUUUUGAAUGCUCAACGUGUGGAAAGAGAUUCAGUCAGAGUAGCAGUCUUCAAUAUCAUCAGAGAACCCACACAGGGGAGAAACCUUUUGAAUGCUCACGGUGUGGAAAGAGAUUUAGUACGAGUGGCAGUCUUCAAUAUCAUCAGAGAACCCACACAGGGGAGAAGCCUUUUGAAUGCUCAGCGUGUGGAAAGAGAUUUAGUACGAGUGGCAGUCUUCAAUAUCAUCAGAGAACCCACACAGGGGAAAAGCCUUUUGAAUGCUCAGAGUGUGGAAAGAGAUUUAGUACGAGUGGCAGUCUUCAAUAUCAUCAGAGAACCCACACAGGGGAGAAACCUUUUGAAUGCUCACGGUGUGGAAAGAGAUUCAGUCAGAAUCGCAAUCUUCAGCAUCAUCAGAGGACCCACACAGGGGAGAAGCCGUUUGAAUGA